CAGCAGCAGCAGCCACCAAAGCAGGGUGCUGAAAGAGAAGAGGAGGCAGGCUGGAUUGACCUGUGGCAAGGACCUUGGAGGAGCUUGGAAACUGCCCACCGCAGAGAUGAAGGCAGAAGCUAAAAGUAUGCUACAUGAUGACAAGUCAAAGCAGGAGGGACAUAUCUGGGGCUCCAUGAGGAGGACGGCUUUCAUCCUGGGCUCUGGCCUUCUCUUGUUUGUGGCCUUCUGGAACUCAGUCACAUGGCAUCUUCAGAGAUUUUGGGGUGCUUCUGGCUACUUUUGGCAAGCCCAGUGGGAAAGGCUGCUGUCUACAUACGAAGGGAAGGAGUGGAUCCUCUACAUUAUUGGAGCCACGCACGUGCCUGCUCUGUGCUUCUGGAGCUUCAAUGGGCUUCUGCUGGUGGUCGACACAACUGGAAAACCUAAAUGCAUCUCCCGCUACCGCAUUCAGGUUGGGAAGAAUGAACCUGUGGACCCUGUGAAGCUACGCCAGGCCAUCCGCACAGUUCUUUUCAACCACUUCAUCAUCUCUUUCCCCAUCCUGGUUUUCCUCUAUCCCUUUCUCAAGUGGUGGGGAGACCCCUGCCGCCGUGAGCUACCUACCUUCCACUGGUUCCUCCUGGAGCUGGCAAUCUUCACCCUGAUUGAGGAAGUCUUGUUCUACUACUCACACCGGCUCCUUCACCACCCAGCAUUCUAUAAGAAAAUCCACAAGAAACACCAUGAGUGGACAGCUCCCAUUGGUGUGAUCUCUCUCUAUGCACACCCUAUAGAGCAUGUGGCCUCCAACAUGCUGCCAGCGAUGGCGGGUCCUUUAAUAAUGGGCUCCCAUUUAUCCUCCAUCACCAUGUGGUUUUCCUUGGUUCUCGUCAUCACCACCAUCUCCCACUGUGGCUACCACCUACCCUUCCUGCCUUCACCUGAAUUCCACGACUACCACCAUCUCAAGUUCACCCAGUGCUACGGGGUGCUGGGGGUGCUGGACCACCUCCAUGGGACGGACACCCUGUUCAAGCAGACCAAGGCCUACGAGAGGCACAUUCUCCUGCUGGGCUUCACGCCGCUCUCUGAGAGCAUUCCCGACUCCCCGAAGAUGGAGUGAGAGGGCCCUAGUGCCAUCCUGGCUGUCUGCUCAGCAGCAGGAUGCAGAGGUGGCCUGAGGCCUCCUGACUGCACCUAACAACUUGCCUCCUUUAGCCACACACUCUCUAAUGACGCCACCACUAGGGCAGAGGGAAGGUCAGCUUCCUGGAAAAGCAGGGCCAAGGAUGGGGUUAGGGCUUCCCCCAAACUAGUGUCCUUGAAGUCCCAUGAUAGUACCAGUAGUCGGUUUAAGGAAAAAAACAGCUCCCCAGAAUGGAGGCCAAUCACAAGGAGGAGACCACUUUGAAAGGGUUCCCAGGAGUCCCCCAGUCCUCUGCUGUGGAAGGGGAGAGGGGUUCCACCCCAGAAAACUCCACUGUGGCCUACGCAAGGAGCAGAGAAUGGCAAAGGUGACAGCAGGACUGGAGGCCACCUGGCUUCAGGGAGAGCUCCUUGUGGUGCCAGGGGGUGGGGGAACCAGAUAUCACUUUGCCCCUUCCUGUCCCAAAAGGCUUUUCUUGUACCCUACUCAGGACAGGGCCGGGACACCCCCAAAUGGUUAUAGGUUUCAGUUCUUAACAUGCCAGAUGCCAGUGCCACUUCCCCUCCACACACACACACACACACGAGUCAGUGACCACAUUUCAACUCUGCCCCACCACAAACAAACGUCUUCCCUCUCUGGG